CCGGCAUAACAUAGGUGCUGUCUGCAUGGUGCUUGUUGGCCAGAUAUACCCCUUCUUUCCUUUGGACAUUGACAAAAGUAGGGAUGGGUGGAUUGAGUAUUGGGAAUUAGGUAUGUGGCGGGCGCCACUCGAAUGUAUGUCUUGUGUACUCAGAUGCAUAUAUCCGAUCGGGCCGGACGAAACCCCGAGACAUUCAUGGCGCUAAGUUGUUGAGAUUUCACUUGGUUCAAGGACGGAAGCCUCUCGCCUUCUGCAACCAGACAAGACUCACAACACACUCAAGAUCACGAUGAAGUACUUCUGUGUAUCACAACAUUGCGGCCUCUGCCGGUUUCGACUCAACCUUGGGGAUAUCAUUGUCGCUGUGCGGAGAGACGGUACCGAGCGAUCUCAACCUUACCCCUACAGUAUCAGAGGCUUUGCCGACGGCUCUCUAGACGUUGAAUAUGUCCAGUGUCAUGGGAAAUGUCACCAUGAUGAGGAGAGGGUUGGCUGUCACCUUGACUGCAGCGAUAUCGUAUCUCCUGAAACAUUCCUGAAGAUUUAUGAAGCGACUGCACCUGACUUCGAACCAUCAGCCAUUGCGAACAAGCAACGUCUUCGCUGGCUGCGGUCCUGGCUCGCUUCAAUUCUCGGAACGGCAACCCACUACCGUCUACCUCCCGAAAUCUAUAGCGACAUCGCAGCCUGGACCUUCGAGCAUCAAAUUGAGCGCUGUUUGGCCGUUUGGUAUGCAGACGAAAGGCGUGCUGAGAUGAGGAAAGUGUCACGUGUCGCAAUGUCAAAGAAGAUAUAUGUUCGAACCGUCGACUUUGAGGGCGUUCAAUACAUUGCGCGAUUGACGAACACAGCUGCCGACGGCCUGGACGUUAUGGUGUUUGAUCCAACAUCGCGGACGCCAUCCGACAGGCUAUACGUUGCCAGUGAUCAUCUUGGCAUUCGGCAAUUGUUGUUUGCUAGUUCCUUAUUCGAUUACGCGAUCAAACAAGAACCAGAUGUAUGGUGGAAAACGGUCUCGCUGGACUGCCUUGGCGGUUUUAUCCGAGCCCAAGGUGAUGGUUUGAAGUUGCGCAAGAUUGCAGGCGAAAGCAUACAAUUACCAAAGGUCGCGUGGGGUCUUCCACAACCUUCAUAUAAGCCCAUUCGGCUUGAGAAGACUUGCAGCGCUGAACCGACCUUUCGUAUGUCGGUAUUACCAUGCAACGAUUCUCAGACUACGGCUUACUCACUGUGCUGGAAUCAAAGUAUUUUGUUACUGCACGCACACACUGUAGGUGAAGAACUCGAAUUUUAUAAAAGUCUGAGAACCAUGGACGAAUCUGCUCUAUGGUUCUACAUGCCACUUCAUGCAGGUGAAGUAUUGACGGAGAUCUGGAAGUGUGAUGGUUCUUUGGGUAGUGCAAUUGCCUUACUGCUGGUCACGAGUCGGGGACGCUCGAGCUUUCUAGGAGUGCAGCCACAACGAGGUUGGAGCCGUUCUAAAUGGACUCUCCUUGACCUGCCUAGUAAGACUCCCAGUCGUAUAUACAUGAUGAGGACGACAUUUGGCGUGCCACUGUUGGGCUUUGAGUCACCCCGACCUGAUCGUCAGAAUCGGACGCCGAAGGUUGAGUGGCCAACCUCGCCUUAUCCGAGGUGUCGCCGUCACGAAAACUUUGCCUGGAGCAGAGCGAACCUCAUUGACGUCGUAGAGAUAAUCCCAUGUCGGCACCGGCGCCAAGGAAUGAAGAUUACCAGUGGGCUUUUGCUUCGUUAUGAUGGCGGGCACCAAGCAUGUGUCGGACAAGUCAGACUCGACCAAUUGGAAAUUCCUCUCGGCGUUGAUCCUGCUUUGAAGCUCUGGCUAGGGUUUUCUCUGACGCAUGAUGGCCCUUGCGUGUCCAACAUUAAGCUGUCACGAGAAAUACCAACGCUUCCGGUUUGUGAGAAUUGGUUUCAGGUGGACUGGUGCAAUGAUCUUGAAUGGUGGUAUUCUGACAGGCAAUGUCAAUUGUCCCAACAAGGACGCAUGAGCCCUGCAACAAUUGCAUAGAUUCAGAGGAGAGUUAAUUACAGUAAGGCAGUGAUCGGUAUGUUGGAUAAAACUUGGAUAACGUAGGUAACUUGGAUAAUUAGUACUUGUUGCUUAGUAAUUCCUGCCAAG